CCCACUUCUAAAAGGUUUAUGUUAAAUAGUAUAUCUAUAAAUACACAAGAAUAGGUUAAUUACUUCAUUAAUCCUAUCAUUGAAAUUUUAACUCACAAAGCUUCCCUAAAAUUUCUCCAUCAUGGCAAAAACCAGGUUUUUACGUCCACUGUUCAUUUUUUUCCUUAGCUUUUCAACCUUAGUAAUUUCUUCAUCUUCUUAUAAUCCAAUUAAUAUCAACACCAUAGAUAAUCUUCCAAACACAUUAUUGAAAAAAGGCUAUGUUUCAAUGUCAAUUAUUCUUGAAAAUACCAUAAAUCGUCUUAUUUCUUCUUCUCCUAACACUACAAAUUUCACCAUAUUUUGUCCUACUGAAAGAGCUUUUCUAAACAUAUUUCCAAAAUAUCAAGACCCUCCUUAUAGAUUAAUUCAAUAUCAUGUUGUCCCUUUGAAAUUAAAUAAAAAUAUUCUCGAAACUUAUUAUCCUAGAAGGUCCAAGCUAAAAACCCUACUCCCUGACCACAAUAUUAUUACUACUACGUUGCCUUAUUUCGAAAUAGUUUCUAUUAACAACGUUGAUAUCGCCGAAUGGGACGUAUACAAUGAUGGACGUGUGAUUGUGCAUGGAGUUGAUGAAUUUUUUGAUCCAGCAUUAGAGAUAUUAUUUUAUCCUAAUAAUCGCGACGUUGAUAGUUCUUCAGGCAUGGAGAAGAAAAUUGAAGAGAUGAGAUAUGGUUUUACGUUUGGAGAUUAUGUUGAUUAUUGGAUUAAAAAUCCUCAAUUGAUGGUUCAACUAAUUUGGCUAAUUUUGGAAGUGGGAUUUCUAAUCAUAGGUCUUUGUUAUAUCGUGCAUUGUUGUGUUUUGCAGGCUGAAGAUUAUAUGGAUGAUAAUAACGAGGAUGAUACAUAUGUUGUGCUCGAGGAGGAUGAGAUCAAAGUUGCAUUACUUGCUUAGGCUUACUUUAAUUAGAUUAGAUUAAGUUUUGUAACGUUCUCUUUUAGACCUUUUUUUUUUGUUUGUAUGUUGAGUUGAAUUAUUGAUAUGCUAUUAUUCUUUUUUAUGUUAUCUGUCAAUCUAUUACAACCCUCCUCCCUUAUUUGGGCAAUGAAUG